AUGGACCUUGCGCUUCCGCACUUCCCGUCAACCGAGCGAAAGCGGUCUGACUCGAGUGGCAGAGUAGAACAGCGUGCCCGAGUGGCUGAUUUCCAACAGAAUGUGAAUGUCUCACAAAGCGGGAACUGCGUGGAGGGUUGCUCUGUGCCUCCAAGAGUCUUACCGAAGCGUCCCAUACUGAAACAGAGGCGACCGGUAGACAAGUCACCCGACUCGACGUACUUGUCAAGCACUUCCGGAAACCCAAGGUGCAUUCGUUUUGAAUCUGUCGUUCGAGUCAUCAAUGAUGGCUCAUCGUCGCCUCUUAAAGAGGGCACCGUGGCAUACGUGGGCGAGUGGUUGCGCGCUGAACUGGUAGAGAAACGACUUGAACAAGUUUUCUCGAAACCAGCGUCGCUACUUACUCCGCAGGAUAUCUACGACGUUGUGUACGCGCAGAGUGAGUCCAUGCUGAGCGCCGUUCAUGUAUACGACCCGGCUGGUCCUCCGGUCCAGAAAACAACGUCCACUACCCAAGUGUUUGGGGUGGCCCCGCCGGAGCCACGAGAAGAUAGCGCCUAUGAGCUAUCGAAUAUGGAUAAGGACACUGACGAUCAACCCGAAGAUCCGGAGGUCAAAUCAGUGCCCGAGACUGCCCCAGUAUUGGAAAGUCUUGGGAUGCGGCAUACGCAGCGCUCAUCAUCCACCGUAGCCACCGGUAUCUUUUGGUGUUUCCGAAGAAGUACAGUUCGAUCCGACGAUCCAACCCGAAGCAAGGUCUCCAUGGAAAAGGAAUUCCCGCGCACCAGUGUUUCUCGAAACGAAAAGCCUAAUGACUUUGAUCUCUCCUCCCCAGAGAAAACGACCGAAGAAACUCUCGCAGGAAUGGAAGCCUGCGUGUCUCCUGCGCAGCGGCGAAGCACGAGCCUAGGUCUGGUGCCAGACUUCGAUUGCGAGCGAAUCUAUGCGCAUUUACACACAGAGCGAAUCCGCAUUCUGGCGAUGGACCUUGUGAAGUAUCGCGCGGGCAAUGUUUUCCACGACGCAUGUAUAGCGUUUAUUUGUCGAUCACUACUUCCACAUCGGGUUACAGAGAUCUGCACAGGCGAGCCGAUCCAGUUCCAAUGGCUGAAGGAGCUCGGCUGCUCAGUUUGCGAUACCUCGAUCCUGUUCGGGCCGUAUUCAAUGCUAGCUAUGCUUCUUACCCUCCAGUACAUUUCGUCCCAUCUGCGAGUGUCGCGUAGAUUGCUGCAGUCGGAUGUUACCCAGACGAUCGGCAGCGCUCAGGCUUGCACAGACGUGGAGUCCCAAGAGGUAAUUGGGUUAUCUCAAGGGCCUCAAGAUCGCACCGGGUGUGGCGCAUCCGGAAUUCGUUUAGGUGGUUGUACUGCAAGUUCUGCGAAACCGGAAGAGCUCACGAUGAAUCAGAAACGAGAUCGUUUCUACUUUUUAGAGCUCUGUCUCCGCCUUGCAACAGCUUUGAUCCAUUUGUUGCGCCACGGGCGAUUGAACGCGAUCUGUAAUUAUACAGACCGCGUGCGUCUUGCGUUAGACCUGCUCCUGGCGGGUUGGCUGGCGGACUUUUGGAAGCGCUGGGAGCGAGGAAGAAUACGCAGCGUUGAAGCGUACAUCCUUGCAGCACAGAAGAAAAUAGCCGAUGGUAUCGGGGUGCUUGCGAUGAUUCGUGCGGGAACGCGCACGGAGGAUGCCUCUGCGAUUGCUCUGUACGACUGA